AUGUCUCCAAUCUAUGCCUACCUGACAGCCGGAACCCUUCCUACCGAUAAAGUCCCAAGCUCGGAAACUUCGCUACCGAUCGGCAAGAUACACGGUCAUCAACGAUGUCCUGUACAAACGGGGCUACACGACGCCGUAUUUAAAAUGCCUGACCAAGGAGCAGGGGGACUACAUCCUUCGGGAGGUCCACAGCGGAAUCUGCGGUGA